CGCUCCACGUUUUCAGCCUAGAAGAAACCAAAACAACAUGGCAGCGCCCUCAGAACACGUUGAAACCUCAGAUCCUCCAGAAAUGGAGCUAAAACCAGAAGCUCCAGAGACCCCAGGAGACCUAGAAAUCUCAGACCCGGAGCCGGGAGGGGAGGACCCUGACCCGGGGGAGGACGAUGAGGAUGAAGAGGAGCCUCCGGAGCCCAGGAUCCGGGACACUCCGGAGGACAUAAAGCUGGAGGCCAUCGCCAACACGGUGGCUCUGCACCCGAGCCGGGACCUGCUGGUGUGCGGGGACGUGGACGGGGAUCUGUACGCCUACUCCUACUCCUGCACCGAGGGGGAGACGCGGGAGCUGUGGUCCUCCGGACACCACAUGAAGUCCUGCAGACAGGUCCGGUUCUCUGAAGACGGGCUGAAGCUGUACAGCGUCUCCCGGGACAAGGCGGUCCACCUGCUGGAUGUGGAACGGGGGCAGCUGGUGACCCGGAUCCGGGGGGCCCACGAAGCCCCGAUCAACAGCCUGCUGCUGGUGGACGAGAACAUCCUGGCCACCGGGGACGAUGGGGGGACACUGAAGGUGUGGGAUAUGAGGAAGGGGACGGCCUUCAUGGAUCUGAAACAGCACGAGGAUUACAUCAGUGACAUCGCAGUGGACCAGGCCAAGAGGAUCCUCCUCACUACCAGCGGUGACGGCACCAUGGGUGUGUUCAACAUCAAGCGGCGGCGGUUUGAGCUGCUGUCGGAGUACCAGAGCGGAGACCUGACCUCUUUGGCGCUGAUGAAGCGCGGGAAGAAGGUGAUCUGCGGCUCCAGCGAGGGAACCAUCUACAUCUUCAACUGGAACGGCUUCGGAGCCACCAGCGACCGCUUCGCCAUCAAGGCCGAGUCCGUGGAGUGCAUCGCGCCCAUCACCGAGAACAUCAUGUGCACCGCCUCCAUGGACGGGUACAUCCGAGCCGUGAACCUCUUUCCUAACCGGGUGAUCGGCUGCAUCGGGCAGCACGUCGGCGAACCCAUCGAGGAAAUCAACAAAUCCUGGGACUCUCGUUUCCUGGUGAGCAGCGCCCACGACCAGCUGAUCAAGUUCUGGGACAUUUCCAGUUUACACAAGACCACGAUCACCGAGUACCGCAAGAGGAAGAAGAAGGACGGACGCAUGAAGUCGCUCACCAAGAAGGCUCACGGAGACAACGACUUCUUCUCCGGACUCGUGGAGGAAACGGAGAAGAAGGAAGAGGAGGAGGAAGAAGAAGAGGAGGAGGAGGAAGACAGCGACAGUGGAAGUGAUUAAAAAACUGGAGAGCUUUUCCUACUGACUGCUGAUGAAGCUGAUAUAAGAACACAUGAUCACUUAAAUAUGAAGUGUUGGACUUCGACUUUUAUAAAUUCUCGGUCAGACUUGUAAUUUAUCUACAUUUUCUCUGAUCAGGUAGUCCCUGUUUCACACAAACAAUAAGCAACGCUCUUGUGCAGCUCUGAGUAUUUAGGAAACCAACUUUUUGUGAAAUAAAUAACAUUUUUCUUUCCUUUUUUUGGUUUCGGUAACAAAGCAUAGGCAUUUUAAGCCUGUCUGCUGGGUUUGAGAAAAAUGUAUUUGUAAACAUUAAAAAAGGUUAUUUUGUAAAUA